AUGGCUAUCUGCAUGGUAAGAUCCCAAGCUGUUGCCCGCCGAGAACCUGCCUACGAGAGUUGGGUGAUGGGUCCGAUCGCUACACUGGGGGCCGGGUUCCCUAACUCCGCGGGCUUGGACGAUUCUACCACCCCGGCAAACUUCUUCUCGUGGGCACAGGAGAUCGAGACUCACCUUUAUGGGUACUAUAUGGCUUCCAGGGAUGCUGAAGAAGAGGGAGAAGAGGAACAACGCGAAGGGACCAAUGUCACGGAAGACACUGUCAGCAUGAUGGAGAGGGACAGGUAUAGUGAUGGGCGACGCAGGGUAGCGGAGGACGCCGACCGAGGAGAGGGGCCAGUGCGGCCCCCCCUGAUACCAGUGCUGGGGGUGAAGGGCGAUGCCACGAACCUGCAUCUGGGUCACGGGAUGCUGAGGGAGAUCAGCGCACAACAUGAGGCUAUGUCAGUACAGAACCGUCUUGUCUCGACGUGUGCCUUGGUCACCAUCCUGAGAUACAUGAUGGCGGAACUCAGUCAGACCUUGGAUGUGGCUGACGCCAUCGCCCGCACCAGAGAGGCGGACACGGACACGGUCGAGGUGCACUUGGAUGAAGAGGACGACGAGCACCUCCUCAUGCAGGCAUACCUCUUAACAGACGGCAAAGGGACCAUGGAACAACGGUGGACGAGGGCAAUUACACGCCUGCAUAAGGAGCUCUUGGGACAGGACGUUGCCCUUCAGAGGGUACAUGUACGGAUGCUACAGGAAGGAAUUCCGCCGCUGAUCAAUGCAGAGUCUGGCCCAUGGGUGGCGCAGCUCCAGGCACUGUUCGUGGCUUUGGGAGCGGAUGCAGGCGGAAGAGUGACCACGGUGGAAGGGGCCGACCUUGACUGGCUCCAGAGUUGGGUGAAUGAGCUCUCAGCUUUCAUACCUGGGUUCCUAUCGGAACCUAGCCCGGUCCCUCUUGACUCUCAAAGCACCGCUGCGGGAGAGGGAAACAUGCCCAUGAUGGACCAUGACCUGGACAAGUUGCUGGAGGAUGAGCUGAGCGAAGAACACUGGCAAGACCAACGAAGGCGUGAGGAGGAUGAAGAACGCCGCAGGUUGGCGGCACACGAGGAACUGCAGGAAAGGGAGAUGGCAGAACUGAAAGCAGAUGCUCGUGCCUAUCGUGAAUGGGAACAAGACCAAGUUCGCCAAGAGGUCCUGGCCGCGAGGCCGCCCCACAAGAGGAGGUGCGUUCUUGCUGUGGAAGCGGCCUCCGGUUCGGGAGACCAUCCGAGGAUACUCCACACCCUGGCUCUGGACGUUCCUCUCACAGGCGAACCUGUCAGCCUCACCAUCCGUGCUCGUAUGGAGGCAGACCCGGAGAAUGUCAGCACAGUACAGGUGGAGAGCGAACCAGGGCCUCCGAUUGGGCCUGGGCAGAAGGCUGUCAACAACGACACGGGGGGCGUGAUUGGUGCCUUUGGGGAGUUGGAGUUCAAGGACUACGAAGCCAUUUAUGCAAAAUGGAGGGAUGGUGUGCUCACGGUCGAGGAGAUUGAAUGCCAGUAUGGCAGGGAAGUUGCGGAGAUGGUGCAGGCCCAACAUGUGGUAGCCCAGGCGGAAGACCAGUCGCUGGAAAGGCUGCGGGAAACAGGGCCGCCUCCACUCGAUGACCGCGAGCUGUCUCCGAUGAUGCAAGAAGGCAAGCCCAAGCCUGACUUCCCUUUCUUCGAAUCGAUGUAUGGCCAGUGGAAGAUGGGACUCAGGACAGACGGCAACAUACAAGCUGCAUUCGGGGAACAGUGGUUGGGCCUAUUCAGGACAUGGCGUGUGGGAGGGCUUGAUUCUAUUCGGGGCCAGCUGGGUCAAAUCUUGCAAACGACUGCCGAGAAUGAGGGUGACUCUGUGGCGAUACCUCGGGAUGAACUACCGUCUACGGAGGGUAUGGCCCUUUCUUCGCGCAUCUCCUACAGUGUGGUGAAGCAAGUCCACGAACGCUGGCUCCGCGGGCUGUUGCGUGAUGAGACGGUGAACGAGAUCUACGGGGCUACCUGGCUCCAAAUGUUUCGCCGUAUGAGGGAUGAGGGAGUCGAACGAUGCCGUCAUGAGCUCUCCAACAUGGUCGUCUGGGACGCACAAGAACUACUUGACAUUUGUGGUGCAGGAGAUGGACAUGGAGAGGCCUCAGGAGUGGAGAAUGUCGGUACAGAGGGUGAAGAAGGCAAGCUCUGGCUCUCUGGCGAGGAGGCAGAGGCCGAAGCUGAGGAAGCUCCACUGCAUGAGGUGCUGAGCCAGGCCGAUCUUCCUGGACCCAUUGGAGAUUUUCCGAGCAUGAAGAGUCUCGUCGCUGCUUCCAGGCUCUUAGUCCAGACAAAGAUUGCUGGAGGACAGACUAUUUAUAAGCAAAAGGGCAGUGCAGAGGCCAUAGCAAGAGUUCUGGCAGGAGCCUCGGGCGAGAUUACCGAUGCUUUCGCCCUCUUUGCAUUGUCUCUACUGGGUGGCAACGCCCUCCGCGAGCUGAACAAAAGCUGUGCCAAGAACGAAACGAAGGCGCUUUCUCAGGUUUUACAAAGCCGCAAUCGGCGAUGA